GGUUGUGGGUUUUUUCGACGAUACCGGCGAGUUAGACAACUGAAAAAUACAUUGGACAUUGUGUUGGUAUUGCUCGUGCAUUUAAAGAUUUCGUGACACUUGAAAAGAUCUCGGUCUAGCCUUUUUUUACCAGCUAAAGUAAAAUAUUUUCAUCUGAUAAGAUAUGGAGGCAUGCCAGCGUUGGAUUCCUUUGGAAUCAAAUCCUAAAGUGCUGAACAAGUAUGUCCACAACUUAGGAAUGGACAGCAGCUGGAACUUUGUAGAUGUGUAUGGUUUUGAUGCUGACCUCUUGGCCAUGGUACCCAAACCUGUAGCUGCCAUCAUUCUCUUGUUCCCUGAUACUAAGGAGCUGAUUGGGGAAAUUCAAACUGACUACCCUAAAGACUUGUACUACACUAAACAAACUAUUGAGAAUGCCUGUGGCACAGUGGCUAUUGUUCAUGCCCUAGCCAACAAUAAAAAUGAGAUUAAUUUUGAUGAAAAUAAACACUUUAAAACAUUUCUGGAAAUGACUAAUGGUUUAAGUCCAGAGGAAAGAGCCAAGUUUUUGGAACAAGAUAACAAAAUGGGAGCUGCCCAUGAUGAUUGUGCACAAGAAGGGGACACUCAGGCACCUUCAGUGGAUGAACGAGUGAAGUCUCACUUUGUGACUUUUGUGCAGUUUAAUGGCACACUUUAUGAACUGGAUGGUAGAAAAGAUGCACCAGUAGUUCAUGGGACCACCACUCCGGAUACAUUUCUUGAGGACAGUGCCGAAGUAAUCAAGAAGUUCAUCUCCCGUGAUCCAGAGAAUGUGAACUUUAAUGUCAUGGCCCUAGUGAAAGGUGGGGAAGAACAAGACUGAACAACUAAGAUAGUUGUUCAAAACACAGUUUAUAUUUGGUGUUGCUUCAUUGGCUUGUUUCAUAGUUAUUUUUUUACACAAUGAAAACAGUUGAUACUUUUGAACCAUAAGUUCAAGUUCCGCAGUUUGAAUUCAGCGGAAUCCAGAACUGGGCCCAUUUGUUCCUGACUGCUGUUUUACAUUUUACAGAACUGGCCAGCAUCAAAGGAUGUCUCAAUGCUCAAAAAAUAAUUUAUGGAAAACCUUUUGAAAAUAAUAAAAUAUAUCAUUCAAAAAUUAUUUCAGUUGAUCUUCACUUAGAUACUGGUACCGUGUAUUCAAUAUGUUGUGAUUGUAUUGAACUGAUCCAAAAAUGUCUUCAAUACAUCAGCAGACAAACUCUAAAAAGGUUAUGUAGAUUUGUCUAUACAAAAUUAUUUUUUCCUAGCAUGAGAUAGAUUGUAACAAGUUAAAGCUUUACAUCUACAUGCAGUGUACCAACUAAAUGUGUACAACUUUUGUUGUCAAUGUCUGCAUUGAAUUAACAUUGAACUGUUAACACUGUGAUCACUUUUUCUAAUGAAAAUUAGAAUUGAUUAAAAUCUCCCUCCAAUGUUUCUCAAAUGGUAACACUACAAUAUACUUUUGGUAGGAGACUAAUAGUGUUAUUGCUCCACUGUUGGCUUUAAAUUUGUUUCAUUUUUUGUUUUUAUUUCACAAAGACUGUGCAAUCUGAGCUCAUAGCUUGUAUUUUAUUUUGCUGUUUUUAGUAAUUCUCAUAAUCUGAGUUAACGGUUGGUUAGUAAAGUGAUUUUUUUUUUCAUUUCGUUUUUUGAAAAUAAUUUUUCUUUUCAACUUUUCAUGUUGCAUUUAGAUAUUUUUGGGAAUAGCUUGCAUGUUUUAAUGAUUUGAAAUUUAAAUCUUUCAAAGUUUCAACAACAAUUAAUAUCUUGCUUCACUUUGUAUAAAGAUUUUUUUUUUUUCUAUUGGUAUAAUUUGACCAACCAAUAGUUGUGAUCAUUGUCCUGUAUUUUUUUUUUUGUUAGCAUCUAUUUAUUGGGUAUUUUACACUGGUUAAUUGUAGGUUAAUUAAAACAUUGCUUAGUUGUUGGGCUAUUUAGUAGUAUAGAUAUAGAUAACUGUCUAGUUAUUAAUGUUUAGUUUAAUUCCACGACUUUUUUUCAAGUACCUCUAUAAUUUGAUACCUCCCCCCCCCCCCUUCCCCCCAAAAAAAUAUUUGUUUUUGUAUUUUAAUUACACAAAUUAUAUAUUUUUAUACCUAUUUCAUUAAGCCACUCUGGCAAUACUUUAGAGACUUAAUAUUUUGUCCUUUGCUGACAUUCCAUGUUGACAUUUCCACUGAAGACUGGCCACUCCCUUAAAUGCAUCUUUCAAUGUGAAGCACAAGUAUUGGUAUAUUUCUCUCAGCUCAGCUACUUUGAUAUUGUCACAAUUGUGCCAUUCUGUUGCUAGAUAUCAAUAAAAUGUUUCAAUUCA